CUUAUAUAGAAGAAUCUUUUAUUAAUUCUGACUACACAACUAAUUGGAAUAAACUUGAUAAACAACUUGAUCUUUUAGAAUAUAAAGCAAUACCAUCUAAAUAUAAACCACUGACCACACAAAAACAAGAUAUUUAUAAUAAAAUAUCAGUACUAAUUAAAAGCAAUAAGCUGACGACAUUAUCAACAGAACACAAACAAGCAUAUCUUGUAUAUUGUAUUAGAAAUAACGACUCUAUUAAAUACCAACAAAAA